CGGUAUCGCGUCACUGGUGCGCGCCGCGGGUCCGGGCGCGAUGGCGGCGCUGGGCGGGGAUGGGUUGCGCCUGCUGUCGGUGUCCCGGCCGGAGCGGCAGCCCGAGUCCGCAGCCCUGGGCGGUCCAGGCCCCGGGCUGUGCUGCUGGGUGUCCGUGUUCUCGUGUCUCAGCCUCGCCUGCUCCUACGUGGGCAGCCUCUACGUUUGGAAGAGCGAGCUGCCCAGGGACCACCCUGCCGUCAUCAAGCGGCGCUUCACCAGUGUCCUGGUGGUGUCCAGUCUCUCGCCCCUCUGCGUGCUACUCUGGAGGGAGCUCACGGGCAUCCAGCCAGGCACAUCCCUGCUCACCCUGAUGGGCUUCAGGCUGGAGGGCAUUUUCCCAGCAGCACUGCUGCCCCUGCUGCUGACCAUGAUCCUUUUCCUGGGCCCACUGAUGCAGCUCUCUAUGGAUUGCCCCUGUGACCUGGCAGAUGGUUUGAAGGUUGUCCUAGCCCCUCGCUCCUGGGCCCGCUGUCUCACAGACAUGCGUUGGCUGCGGAAUCAAGUGAUUGCGCCCCUGACAGAGGAGCUGGUGUUCCGGGCCUGCAUGCUGCCCAUGUUAGCACCGUGCACGGGCCUGGGCCCUGCUGUGUUCACAUGCCCACUCUUCUUUGGAGUUGCCCAUUUUCACCACAUCUUUGAGCAGCUUCGUUUUCGCCAGAGCAGUGUGGGGAGCAUCUUCUUGUCUGCAGCGUUCCAGUUCUCCUACACAGCUGUCUUCGGUGCCUACACUGCUUUCCUCUUCAUCCGCACAGGACACCUGAUUGGGCCGGUUCUCUGCCACUCCUUCUGCAAUUACAUGGGCUUCCCUGCCGUAUGUGCGGCCCUGGAACAUCCGCAGAGGCGGCCCCUGCUGGCAGGCUAUGCCCUGGGUGUGGGACUCUUCCUGCUUCUGCUCCAGCCCCUCACGGACCCCAAGCUCUACGGCAGCCUUCCCCUCUGUGCGCUUUUGGAGCGGGCAGGGGACUCAGAGGCUCCCCUGUGCUCCUGACCCAUGCUCCUAUACACACUCCUAUGAACUCUCAUGGGCUCUCUAGCCCCUCCCCAUCAAGGGGUACUGCAGGGGAGGAGCUGGCCAGGGUCCCCGAGAUCUCAGGAAUUUUUUUAGGGGAUUGAAGCCAGAGCUAGUUGAAUCCCAGGGACCAAGAGAAAGGAGCAGGUAUCCAAAGGGUGUGGCCCCUGUCAAAAGGGGGUUGAGGAGCAGCUGGGAGUGAGGGGCAAGGGGCAGGUCCCAGGAGCCAUGCACUCCCUUCCUCACUUUGGACUGCUGCUUCCCUGAGCUCCUCUGGCCCCCUCUCCCUCUGAAAAGCUGCUCGGGGGGGGGGGGGGGGGGGGUGGAAUUUACAAAACCCCUCCCCCUAACUUCCCAGGGUUUUCUCAUUGUCUUUUUGCAUCAGGACUUUGUAUUGGGAUAUUAAAGAGAUUUAACUUGGGUAACAUGGC